AUGGAGAUGGAGAUUGAUGGCGUUGGCGGUGUCAGCAUUCUCGCAAAAGCCCGAGUCUUUCGAUCCGGUGUUCACUUUCCCGCAUUUAGCUUUGAGAAACAUGCCGAGACAGAAGGCUUUGGAAAGAUGGCAAAGCGCAUGGGCUAUUCCGUCGUUGGUCUGCCUCAUUAUACCAUCUGGCAUUUAUACGAGCCUAGUGUCGAUGAUAUUCGGCAUAUGGAGGAGAUGGAAAAGGAACGACUGGCGAGAGAGAAAGAGGAACAAGAGAAGGCUGAAAAAGUGAAGAAACUGAAGGAGGAGUUUGGUGAUGCUAACAACCAAUGGGAGAAGGAUAAAUCGGAAAUGGAAAAUUUGGCGCAGGAAAAGAAGUCUGGAAAUCGGCGAAAGCAAGCAAAUAUUGAUCACUAG